CAGUCUUCAUCGCUUCAAAAUAUCCCCUUCGAAUCAAAUCUAAUUCGCUUGUUCGUGUUUUCUAAUCCAAAAAUUCCCUUUAACUUACAUCCUUUCUUUGAGCUUAUUGGAUUGUUCGUUCAUGAGCUUGAAAUCAUCUCUUAUCUAAUCCAACAAUCACUUCCAACUCACAUCCUAUCUCGUUUCAAAACCACUUCAAGUUGCUCCUUGAUAUCGUUUGAACUUAUUAGAUUCUUCAUCAGCUUAAAAUCAUCUUGAGUUACAAUUAUCUUCUAUAGUGAUUGUCAACAUUUUUUCCUACCCCGAAAUCGAAUCAUCAUCAGAUCAUUGCUUCAAAGAUUAAUUUUAAUUGACGUCUUUACAUCGCUGGACAAAAUUAUCAAUUCAAAAUUUAUUUUCAACUUCCUUCUUACAAACCUCUUUGACUCGGAUAUGAAUUAAAUGAUGAUUUUAUUCGAAAAGUUAUCAGCCUUAUUCAGUUCAAGUUCAAACAAAUUACUUUCAAAACAAGUCCAAAUUAGUGUAUUACUAACAGGUCUUUACAUCGCUGGAAAAACUCAACUUUCAAAUCGAUGCAUCGAAUCAAAAUUUAUUUCUAACUUACGGAUCUUCAUUUCACUGAGAAACCAUCCCUUUUUCACAUCAAGUCAUCGCCCAGUUUGUUUUCACUUCAAUAGCCUUAUUUAGUUCAGAAGAUCUUCAAACAACCCAUUACAUCACAUUAAAACACUUACCCGCAAUGGCUCCUCGAACUCGAAAGAAAGGAGCUUCGGCCGCUUCCAAGUCUUCUAAGCAAGGUAAUCAACCAGAAGAUGCAGCUCCAGGAACUAAUGGUUUGAACACCUCAACCCGUGCUGCUGUGUCUAAGAGACCUCCUCAGGCUCCACGCUCCACCAACCCAUCUAAACGAGUUCGUAACAACGACGCCACCAACGCUAAUGAACCAUCUCAUACCGAUUUAUCUACUGGUGCCAACGACAUUGACGAUCAACCACCUUUGAAUGAUUUGGAAGUCACUCCUACACUUAAAAAUUAUAAGACCUUGAUGAAAUUGUGGCCUCCUGGUCGUAUUAUUGAACAUCUCCGAGAACAUAAAGCUUCGACUCAUAACCGACCAUCUACUGAAGUUCGAGAUCAUGUCAAGUUAGUAUUCAAACAAUUCAACCAAGAGCUCCUCAUGCUCGCUAUGAUAGGUCAAGUGAGCGAGAGUACCAUCAAGUCCAUAAUACCUGAAUUGACCGCUACAAGAGCUACAAGUGCUUACACACUAUUCCUCGAGUACUGUAUCGGUUGUUUGGGCGAACCAAUGCCGCUGAGAGGUGCAGAAGAAGGUGGUGUCGUAUUGGGUGAUCGCAACCGGAAGAACGGGGCACGAUGGCGAGCACUUUCCGAAGAUGAGGUGGCUGUGUUUGAUCCCAUUAUCUUCUACGCGUUGGCUGGCGUUCCUAACCCAUUGUUAGAUUUGGAAACCAUCGAAGACCGUGUGGAUGAUAAUCAGGAGGAGGAUGGCGACACCUUUGUACCAAUCCCAGCCGUUCACAAGCUAACUGUUGAAGAGGACGAGCUCUACCGGCCUAUAUAUGAACGGCUAGUCGAUUUAAAGAAGGUUGAAAACCAACUGGGCAAGCCUUCCACGGGUCCUUCCAAAUCACAGCUCCAGCGUAAAUCAAAGACAGCUAUCAAGAGGAUCUCUCAUCAGCUUUCAUGCGAAGCCCAUCGUUUAGACUUUGCCUACUACCUGGUGGCGACCAGCACAGUCACUCCGAACAAGUCUACUGAGCUGGGGUGGCUCAAGCAAUUCACGACUCAUCCCCAAAUAGCUACUUGGGCCAACAAAAGUUGCAGUCUUGCAACUGUUUUUGCAACGUAUUCACAAGGCGAGUCCAUGGCAAAGGCAAUUGCCUUGGUUAACGGCAAACCCAAACGACAACGGCCUGAUAAGCAACAGCCGAGUGAUAAAAUUAAAGUAGAUCUAGGACGUCUCUUGGCAGCUAUUACAUACAAAACUCUGGGAUACACUCCCCCUCAGGCUUUUCCACAGACUGCUGACCCGGUAUCUGAAGUAAAAAAAAGGGCCUUACCACUCUCUAUUGGUCUUGCCGAAGGAUCAAGACUGACGGACGAAAAGCUGGCCGUUGGAUUCAAGAAGAUGCAAUCUACAACCCGACUUGAGUGGAUCAAUGACAUCAAAGACGGUAAAUUUCGCUUAACAAAAUUGAGGGUUGGGUCUGAUGAGGCAAUUGGCGAGCCGGUGACUUUAGAUGAUAACGAAAUAGAGGCAGCUUUGGCUACUACUCCUCGCGCGAUGGAUAAGGUGGUAGGCUCAAUUGAUAACAAUCCCAGUGCUGAGUCUAAUUCAAAUCAAGCAGCAAACAAGAAUAAAAAUGGAGGUGAAAGUGAUUCCACAAUCGAAAGUGAUGAUGGUGAGGAAGAAGACUGAUCGUCUAACUGGAUUUCAUGAGUUGUUGUUUAAGCUAUACAAACUAAAUAAACUUGCUAUACAAGCUAUAUAAAUUUCUAGUCUGAUGAUACAAUUAAAUACGUUUUUUUGUUUUCAAUUUUUUUUGUUUUCAAUUUUUUUAUACUGUCAUCGAAGGAUGCGAAGUUUCUCAUGUUAGAUCGGAGCGAGCUAUCAGAUGUUUUACAAAUUGGAUGAUACAAUUAAAAACCUUGCCUGUUUCUUUUCAACGUUUCUAUUUUCUUUUUAGUGUUUCUUUUCAAUUUCAUCAAAGGAUGAAAAGUGUCGUGUCUUAUGUUAGAUCCAGCUAUCGGAUGUUAAGAAAUUUGUUCUUGUUUCUUUUCACCGUUUCUUUUUUAUGUUUGAAGUUUCUUUUUAGGAAGCGAAAGUAUCAAAUGUUACAAAUCUGAUGAACCCGUU